AUGGUCUCCUGGAUUAUCUCCAGACUUGUGGUACUUGUGUUCGGCACAUUGUAUCCUGCAUAUUCCUCUUAUAAAGCUGUGAAGUCGAAAGAUGUCAAAGAAUAUGUAAAGUGGAUGAUGUAUUGGAUAAUAUAUGCCCUAUUCACAACUGUAGAAGCCUUCACGGAUAUAUUUGUAUGUUGGCUUCCUUUCUACUAUGAGCUGAAGAUCGCUUUUGUGGUGUGGCUGCUGUCCCCGUACACAAAAGGUUCCAGCGUGUUGUACAGGAAGUUUGUUCAUCCAACGCUUUCCUCCAAAGAAAAGGACAUUGAUGAUUACAUCUGUCAAGCAAAGGACAAGAGCUAUGACACACUGGUGCACUUUGGGAGGAAAGGACUCAAUGUAGCGGCCACAGCAGCAGUCAUGGCUGCCACUAAGAGCCAGGGCGUGCUAUCGGACAGACUCAGGAGUUUCAGCAUGCACGACCUCUCCGCACUCCAGACAGACGAUCCUCCACACUCCUCCCCCACGCCGCCCACAGCGUCCCAGCAGCGGAGCAGACCCAUGAUGCGCAGCAAGUCGGAGAGUCAGAAAGGACAGGAGGAGGAUAUGGACUAUGAGCUGCUGGAUCUGUGGAGGUCCAAAGAGCUUCCACACAGUGACCCCCAGAUCUUCUCCCUCAGCCCCCAGUCCUCUGCCCGCUCCACCCCCUCCCCGCCCCCCUCCCCUUCUGCACCUGAGCCCCCCCAGGAGCCGGCCACAGAGCUCCCUGAAGCCUCUAGUUCCCCACAGCUCAGGCUCAGUAGGAGGAAGGCCCCAGAGCCUCCUCUUAGAACGCUGAGACCCCUGACCAGAUCCAGGAGUGCCCUUUCCUCCCACAAUGAAGCCAUUUGA